AAACAAAGUUGUGCGACACGAUUCCACUUCGCAUUGACAGUUGUUGGAUUUCAGUUACGAAAAAGAGCCCGAGCUAUGCCUGCCAUAGAGCACAAAUUAAAUAUCACCGAGGAGGAAGUACCAGAGUGCAUACGUCUCCUGGCAGCAAAACAGGGAGAAUGCUCGAAGACAAAACAGGAGACAAUUGCACAAUUUCGCAAUUAUAUCUUAGAGCGCAAUGACUGUCAGCCGCAUCGCAAUGAUGAUAAAUAUCUGGAGAAGUUUCUGCGCGCGCGCUACUGGAAAAUUGAGAAUAGCUACAAAUUGAUCUGCAACUAUUACAAAUUUCGUGAAGAGAACAAAAGUUACUACGAGAAGGUUCGUCCUUUGGAUUUGCGGCAUCUCGGCGAUGAGAAUAUAUUGACUGUGACGCCAUAUCGUGAUCAGUUGGGACAUCGCAUACUCAUCUAUCACUUUGGAUUGUGGCGGCCAAAUCGCGUGACUGUGGACGAUAUUUUUAGGGCAACCAUUUUGCUGCAGGAACUGGGCUCGCUCGAGCCUAUCUCUCAAAUAAUGGGCGGGGUGGCCAUAUUCGAUUUGAAGGAUUUGGGUCUGGAGCAUAUGCUACAUUUAAGUCCCAGUGUGGCACAGAAAAUGAUUGCCUUGCUUGUGACCUCCAUGCCCAUACGAACCGCCGCCCUGCAUAUAGUCAAUCAGAACUGGCUAUUUAAUGCGGCUUUCAAGAUCUUUAAGCCGUUUCUCAAUGCCUCCAUGCGUGAGCGACUCUUUAUACAUGGAAGCGACAUGAGAUCGUUGCACGAGCACAUUUAUCCCGAGCAUUUGCCCAAGCGUUAUGGCGGUAUGCAUGAGGAUUAUUCCUAUACGCUCUGGCUGGAUAUGUUGCAGCAUCAGUGCGCCAGCAGUGAGAUUCAGAAGGACAUGGAACAAUUAGGCUUUAUUUUCGAUUAGCAAUCUUUAAUUUUCUUUGAUGCUCUGCGGUUUAAUGCUCUCUUAAAUAUUAAAUAAUCUUCUUAAAAGCUCAAUUUUAAUUUUAAGGACACAU